GCACCCGAGCCCUCGCGGGCGGCCGCACGCUCCCGCCUCGCGCUUUGCUGGGGCUCGCCUGCACGCCUCCCACCCACUCACUCUGACUCCGGCUGGAGCUCACUGCCUGUCUCGCACCCUCACGAUUCAGCUCCCUCCCUCUCCCAUUUUUCCCUCCGCCGCCCCCUCAUCCAUCCCUAUUGGCCUCCCUCGCCUUCAAAAUCACUCGGGCGCUCCGUGCUUUCCCAAGUCCUGGCUGCUUGGACCCUUCGGUCCCCUUUCCUGUUUAACCUCCACAGCUUUCAGAGCGUUGCCACAUCUCAAAGCCCUAACUCCAACACAAACGCGCGCGCGUGCACACACGCAGACACGCUCGUUUCCUGUCCCUGUGUGACACCCACCCUCUGCUUCGCGGCCGCGCAGGUCCCUGCGCGGUGCUCUCCUCCCGCCACACACACGCGCGCGCGCGCACGACCGAGCCGAACGAAGGCAGCUCGCUGACACUUCGCGCUCGGAGGUGACCUGCUCCAGUCUUGCUGCGCUGAUGGCCUCUCCCGGCUCCGGCUUUUGGUCCUUCGGGUCUGAAGAUGGUUCCGGGGAUCCCGAGAACCCCGGCACAGCUAGAGCCUGGUGUCAGGUGGCCCAGAAGUUCACCGGCGGCAUCGGAAACAAGCUGUGCGCUCUGCUCUACGGAGACGCCGAGAAGCCCGCUGAGAGCGGCGGGAGCGAGUCCCCGCGGGCCACCUCCCGGAAGGCCGCCUGUGCCUGCAACCAGAAGCCAUGCAGCUGUCCCAAAGCCGAUGUCAACUAUGCAUUUCUACACGCAACAGACCUGCUGCCAGCGUGUGAUGGAGAAAGGCCUACCUUGGCGUUUCUGCAAGAUGUCAUGGAUAUUUUACUUCAGUAUGUGGUGAAAAGUUUCGAUAGAUCAACCAAAGUGAUUGAUUUCCAUUACCCUAAUGAGCUUCUUCAAGAGUAUAAUUGGGAAUUGGCAGACCAACCACAAAAUUUGGAGGAAAUUUUGAUGCAUUGCCAGACAACUCUAAAAUAUGCAAUUAAAACAGGGCAUCCCAGAUAUUUCAAUCAACUCUCCACUGGGCUGGAUAUGGUGGGAUUAGCGGCAGAUUGGCUGACAUCAACAGCAAACACUAACAUGUUCACCUAUGAAAUUGCUCCAGUAUUUGUGCUUUUGGAAUAUGUCACGCUAAAGAAAAUGAGAGAAAUCAUUGGCUGGCCAGGGGGCUCUGGCGAUGGGAUAUUUUCUCCUGGUGGCGCCAUAUCUAACAUGUACGCCAUGCUGAUUGCACGCUUUAAGAUGUUUCCAGAAGUCAAGGAGAAAGGAAUGGCCGCCGUUCCCAGGCUCAUUGCCUUCACAUCUGAACAUAGUCACUUUUCUCUCAAGAAGGGAGCUGCAGCCUUGGGCAUUGGAACAGACAGCGUGAUUCUGAUUAAAUGUGAUGAGAGGGGAAAAAUGAUCCCAUCUGAUCUUGAAAGAAGGAUCCUUGAAGUCAAACAGAAAGGAUUCGUUCCUUUCCUUGUGAGUGCCACAGCUGGGACCACCGUGUACGGAGCAUUUGAUCCUCUCAUAGCUGUCGCUGACAUUUGCAAAAAAUAUAAGAUCUGGAUGCAUGUGGAUGCAGCUUGGGGUGGAGGAUUGCUGAUGUCCCGGAAACACAAGUGGAAAUUGAGCGGCGUGGAGAGGGCCAACUCUGUGACAUGGAAUCCUCACAAGAUGAUGGGCGUCCCUCUGCAGUGCUCUGCUCUCCUGGUUAGGGAAGAGGGCUUGAUGCAGAGUUGCAACCAGAUGCACGCCUCCUACCUCUUCCAGCAAGAUAAACACUACGACUUAUCCUAUGACACUGGAGACAAGGCCUUACAGUGUGGACGCCAUGUUGAUGUUUUCAAGUUAUGGCUGAUGUGGCGAGCAAAGGGGACGACUGGGUUUGAAGCACACAUUGACAAGUGUUUGGAACUGGCAGAGUAUUUAUACAAUAUCAUAAAGAACCGAGAAGGGUAUGAAAUGGUGUUUGAUGGAAAGCCUCAGCACACAAAUGUCUGCUUCUGGUACGUUCCUCCGAGUUUGCGUUUCCUGGAAGACAAUGAAGAGAGAAUGAGCCGUCUCUCAAAGGUGGCUCCAGUGAUUAAAGCCAGAAUGAUGGAGUACGGGACCACAAUGGUCAGCUACCAGCCCUUGGGAGACAAGGUCAAUUUCUUCCGCAUGGUCAUCUCAAAUCCCGCAGCAACUCACCAAGACAUUGACUUCCUGAUUGAAGAAAUAGAACGCCUUGGACAAGAUUUAUAAUAACCUAGCUCACUAAGCUGUUUCAAUUCUCUAGGUAGACAAUUAAGUUGUCACAAACUGUGUGAAUGUAUUUGUAGUUUGUUCCAAAGUAAAUCUAUUUCUAUAUUGUGGUGUCAAAGUAGAGUACAGUUUAAAAAUCAAAAAAACAUUGCUCCUUUUAAAAUUCCUUUCUUAAGUUUAGAAUACCUCUCUAAUAAUUAGUGACAAGAGGCUGUGUUCUAAUCAAUAAGGAAAAGCUUAAAAUUGUUAUAAACUCUUCUCUUACUUUUAAUAUAGUGUGCAAAUCAAAUUUUAUUUUCACUUCAGAGUAGUAGGAUUGAAUAGUGCCAUAUUGCCCCUGAAUCAUAAAAGGUUCUUUGGGGUGCUGUGAAAAGGAUAAAGUAAAUAUAAAAUAUAUGUUGACAAUAAAAACUCUUGCCUUUUUCAUAGUAUUAGAAAAAAAUUUCUAAUUUACCUAUAGCAACAUUUCAAAUGUAUUUAAAUACAUAUAAUUUUACAAAAGGAAAAUAUAUAUAUUAAAAAGAAAUCCUAUUUUGUAACAUAUAGAUUUUUAUUUUAUAUGGGUUAUACAAACUGCAGGGGCAGAUAUAAAAAAUAAGCCAGAUUUUUUUUUUCUCUUUCUUUUAAUGGAGGCACAAUAAAACACUUAGCAAAGUUAUUUUGAAACAUAGGCCCACAAAAUUCUUAAAAGGUGUGAUGCCUUUUUUCUGUUCAUGUUAUGACUUAUCACAUCUCUAAAGUCAGUAUUAUAAAACAAACACAAAAUUUCCUUAAUAUGAUUAAGCAGAUCGACAAUAAGAUUCUCUUCCGAUUUAAGUUUUUCACCCAGUUAACCCUUUGCAGACCCGCUCAGUAAGCAUGAUAAGCCAAGCCUCAUCUUAGACUAAAUUAGGGGAAUCGUUUCUAUUCUGCUUUCCACUUCAAUCUGUUUUGAACAGAAUGUUGAUGCUGGUUCUUGAGGCAUCUUCCCAAACAGUAUUCUUUUAUUAGGUCAUUUGGAUUAAUUAGGGGAAACAAAAAUAAAAUCUAAUCAGCCUGAGCAAAGAGGAACGAAGUACAUUCCAGAAUGUGGUGAGCCCAGACAAUUAAAGUCAGCUUUGGGAGAACAGAUCUCUGUGUGAGAAUAAUGGUGUCAUCCUGGACGCCAUAUUGCCACUGUCCAAGGAGUCAUUUACCUCCUUGGUAAUUGCUUGGUCCCCUUCCCUCCCUACUCCUACCUACAAAAGUCUCUCCCACUAGGCUCCCUAUUACUGGGCUCCCAAAUAUUUAAUUUCUACUCCAUGGGUGGUUUUUGUUUUUGUUGUUGUUGUUCUCAUGAAAUGAGCUUCUCACCUGGGAUUUUGAGACAGCAUCUUAAGACCUUUUUUUCUCUAUCUCCCAUCCAAAAUGACCGGAGUAUGCAGAGAUAAUAAGAUCCUUAGAAUUCAAAAUAAUAUUUUAAAAGCAUCCUCUGCCCCUGCAAACCUGACAAAGAGACAUGAGCCAACAAGAGCUCCCACUGAUACUUAUGGAGCCGCAGAUGCUCAGAUGCUGAGUGCUAGUAGAGGAAACUGCGGACUCAUGUAUCAGAUCGCAGGCACAAAUUUAGAAACAUUUAUCCUUUCUGUAUGGAUGAGAAAUAGUUUUUACCAGUCGGUUCUUUUCCCCAGCCCUGUUCCUUCCAGGCCCUUCCCCAAGUUUGCUGGGAGACUUGUGCAACCGUCUGCAGUGAAAUCCCUAUCAACCACACAUAGCCCAGGGAAGGAGGUAAAUAAAAGCCAAAUAAGUCCCGGUAUUUUAAUAAAUACUCCUUAAAGUAGUCUGUAAUCCACUCAGGAGGGAAGGAGUGAGGGAGGAAGAUUGUUCUGAACAUUAGCCAAAAUUCCCAGUGCCAAAGGCCUUCGUGUGGGACCAUUCUUUACAAAUUUUAGAAAAGUUUGGUUUUAGCUUUAAUCAGGAAUGACAUGAUUAUUUUCAUUUAUACAGCAAUAUUGUGUUUAUUAUUUUCAAAUACUUGAAAAAAAGUGUGGUGUGUCUUAAUCUGAGACAUAGAAAUGGCAUGGACUUCAUGUACUGUCACAAGGCUGUGAGGAAAGAAAAGGAAAUCAAUUGUGUGUGUAACUGUGUUGCCUUUAUUAUAUUGAUAGUACUGUCUUGUCACCUCAGAUUGGGGUUGUGCACUUUAGAUCUGACCUGUACAGUGUUGCAAAUCAACAUGUGUUGCUGUAAAAGCUUGUACAAUAUAUUAUUGAUAUGUCUUUUUCUGUGUGGUAGCUGUAUUGAUAUUCUGAGAACUACAUUCGCAUCUGUUCCUGUGCUCUCUCCCUCCCUCUCUUUGCUAAACUGUACGCCCUCCACAUCAGCUCUAAUACAGAACAUGCCCCCGGCUAAGCUUCCCACUGAGAAAUCUCCUUCGAGAAUUGUGCGGUUUCACAAAAUGCGAGGUGAACGCUACUUCGUCUCUGAGGACAGAAGACACGAAUUAUGGAAUGUCAUGGACUGCUAAAAUUGCAGGUGUUGUCCCUGCUGGGGUUUGGAGUAGGUGCCACUCCUCGAAAUAAGGACAAAGAAAGCACAAGUGUAAAUAUAGUGCAGGACAAGGAAGAAAGGAACCUAACAAUGGAGAUCAUCUUGCACGUGCUCUCCUGUUUUCAAAUGCUAAGUACAAACACUGUGUAUUUAUUAGUUACAUGUGCCAAAAUACUGUUCCCAAUUGAUGUUUCUGAAAGACAUCACCGUCUCCCCAACAUUAUUCCAUUACUAAAGACAGAAAAAAAUAUAAACAUGUGGCAACCUGUUCUUCUUACCAAAUAUAAACUUGUGUGUGAUCAAAGUAUUUUAUCUGUGUCAUCUCUCUAAACCCAAAUAAAUGUGUAAGUGUGGACACAU